AACCCCAGAAGACGACACGCCCCCACACGAGUCUUGGAAAAAUGGCUGCACAGAGCUCGGUACCCAGCGAUCUAUACCAGCAUAUUUACUCAUUUUUAUUGGAGAAUAAGUUCUCAAAGGCUGCAAAGGAAUUCCUGAAACAAUCUGAAGUGAAACCCCCGGACCAAAAUGAAGAAGGUCUCCUUGACAUUUUUGAUUUCUGGGUUAAAUCUCCUGAAACAAAGAAGCGCAAGGCUGUGACCAAUGAUUCUGAGGUCAAAGGUCCCACGGCCAAAAAGGCCAAGAAGGGAGCCGAGAGCUCCAGUAGUGAGGAGUCGAGUGACGAAGAAGCCGCAGUCCCAGCAAAAACACUGCCAGCAGCAGCCCCUGCUCCAGCAGCCGAGGCCAAUGCCAGCAGCAGCGAGGACUCUGAAGAUGAAGCAGAUGCUCCUGCAAAGGAAGCGGUUGCUGCCCCGACUCCUGCGCCACCCACAGCACCAGCCGUGGCCGCCAGGAAGAAGGACGAAAGCUCCAGCAGCGAGGAGUCCGAUUCUGAAGAUGAAGCUGCAGCUAAACCAGCAGCAGGAGCCAAGACGACGGUUGCCCCUAUAAAGCCUGCUACCCCUAAGACAGCAGCUCCGAAGAAACAGGAGAGCAGUGAGGACAGUUCCAGCGACUCUGAAGAUGAGGAACCAGCUAAGGCACCAGCAAAACCUGCAGCGCCAGUGAAGACCCCUCCUGCCAAGCCUGCCGCCCCAGCAGAGUCCAGCAGUGAAGAUGACUCUUCAGAUGAGGAGGAGGAGGCCCCUCCCAGCAAGAAACCCAAAGCCGGGCAGUACAGUGCGGUCCCUCCCCCGUCCUCCGGGCAAAGUAACGCCACCCCAGCAGGGGGCAACAAGGCCAAAGCAAAACCUGCGAAGCCCACACCUGUGAAGGCUGCUGUUCCACCCGCUAAGGCAGCAGAAAGCAACUCGGACAGUGACAGCUCUGACGAAGAGGAGGCAGCUCCAGCUAAGAAGCCUGCAGCUGCAGCUGCAGCAACCACACCUGCAAAGCCCACACCUGUUAAGGCUGCUGCUGCACCCGCUAAGGCUACAGCAGCAGCAGCAGCAGCAGAAAGCAGCUCGGACAGUGACAGCUCUGACGAGGAGGAAGAGGCUCCAGCCAAGAAACCUGCAGCUGCAGCAACCACACCUGCAAAGCCCACACCUGUGAAGGCUGCAGCAGAAAGCAGUUCGGACAGCGACAGCUCUGACGAAGAGGAGGCGGCUCCAGCUAAGAAGCCUGCAGCUGCAGCUGCAGCAACCACACCUGCAAAGCCCACACCUGUUAAGGCUGCUGCUGCACCCGCUAAGGCUACAGCAGCAGCAGCAGCAGCAGCAGCAGAAAGCAGCUCGGACAGUGACAGCUCUGACGAGGAGGAAGAGGCUCCAGCCAAGAAACCUGCAGCUGCAGCAACCACACCUGCAAAGCCCACACCUGUGAAGGCUGCUGCUGCUCCACCGGCUAAGGCAGCAGAAAGCAGCUCGGACAGUGACAGCUCUGACGAAGAGGAGGAGGCGGCUCCAGCCAAGAAACCUGCAGCAACCACACCUGCAAAGCCCACACCUGUGAAGGCGGCUGCUCCACCUGCUAAGGCUACAGCAGCAGCAGAAAGCAGCUCGGACAGUGACAGCUCUGACGAAGAGGAGGCAGCACCAGCCAAGAAACCUGCAGCUGCAGCAACCACACCUGCAAAGCCCACACCUGUUAAGGCUGCAGCUCCACCUGCUAAGGCAGCAGAAAGCAGCUCGGACAGCGACAGCUCUGACGAAGAGGAGGCAGCUCCAGCUAAGAAGCCUGCAGCUGCAGCUGCAGCAACCACACCUGCAAAGCCCACACCUGUGAAGGCUGCAGCUCCACCGGCUAAGGCUACAGCAGCAGCAGAAAGCAGCUCGGACAGUGACAGCUCUGACGAGGAGGAGGCGGCUCCAGCUAAGAAGCCUGCAGCAACCACACCUGCAAAGGCCACACCUGCAAAGGCCACACCUGUGAAGGCUGCUGCUACAGCAGCAGCAGAAAGCAGCUCGGACAGUGACAGCUCUGACGAGGAGGAGGCAGCACCAGCCAAGAAACCUGCAGCUGCAGCAACCACACCUGCAAAGCCCACACCUGUGAAGGCGGCUGCUCCACCUGCUAAGGCAGCAGAAAGCAGCUCGGACAGUGACAGCUCUGACGAGGAGGAGGCGGCUCCAGCUAAGAAACCUGCAGCAACCACACCUGCAAAGCCCACACCUGUGAAAGCUGCUGUUCCACCCGCUAAAGCAGCAGAAAGCAGUUCGGACAGCGACAGCUCUGACGAGGAGGAAGAGGCUCCAGCCAAGAAGCCUGCAGCUGCAGCUGCAGCUGCAGCAACCACACCUGCAAAGCCCACACCUGUGAAAGCUGCUGUUCCACCCGCUAAAGCAGCAGAAAGCAGUUCGGACAGCGACAGCUCUGACGAGGAGGAAGAGGCUCCAGCCAAGAAACCUGCAGCUGCAGCAACCACACCUGCAAAGCCCACACCUGUUAAGGCUGCAGCUGCACCUGCUAAGGCAGCAGAAAGCAGCUCGGACAGUGACAGCUCUGACGAUGAGGAGGAGGCGGCUCCAGCUAAGAAACCAGCAGCUGCAGCAACCACACCUGCAAAGCCCACACCUGUGAAGGCUGCUGCUACAGCAGCAGCAGAAAGCAGCUCGGAACACAGCGACAGCUCUGACGAAGAGGAGGCGGCCCCCGCCGCGAAGAAGACCCCGACCCCAUCUCCUGCAGCAAAAACACCACCUGCCCCUGCUGCUCAGAAGGCUGCAGACGCCGAGUCCAGCAGCAGUGAAGAGGACGACUCCAGCGACGAAGAGGAGGACGCAAAGAAGCCCGCUGCCACUCCUGCCCCCAAAGAAACAGCAGCAGCAGCAGAAGCCCCCGCCACCCCGAUAGCAGCAGCAGCAGAAGCCCCCGCCACGCCUACAGCAGCGGCCGUGAGCAAAGCCUCCUCCAGUGAUGACAGUUCAGACGAGGAGGAGGAGGCAGACAAGCCAGCAGCAGCACCUCCAGCUGCCCAAAGCACGCCUAAACCUGCUGCCACGCCCGCAGCCCAGGAGGAGAGCAGCUCGUCUGAGGAGGAAGAUGAGGAAGACGAGGCCAAAACGCCCAAGACACCGGUCACUCCCAAGACACCGGUGACGCCCAUGACAAACGGCACAAGUAGUAAAAGAAAAAAAGAAGCAGAGGAGGAGGAAGAAGAGGAAGAGGAGGAGGAUGAGGAGGAAGAGGAACCAGCAGACAAGGAAACGCCCAAAAACAAAAAAUUGAAGACCUCCACUCCUCACUCAUUCCCCAAGGCCAGAACGAAUAUUCCUUUCCGAAGAAUAAGAGAAGAGGAUAUUGAGGUGGACCCUCGUCUGGCAGACAACUCCUUCGAUGCAAAGAGAGGAUCUUCCGGUGACUGGGGCCAGAAGGCCAAUAAUGUGCUCAGGUUCACCAAGGGCAAAUCGUUCCGCCACGAGAAGACCAAGAAGAAGCGCGGUAGCUACGUAGGCGGGGCCAUCUCCCAAUCGGUCAACUCCAUCAAGUUCGACAGUGACUGAAACCCACACCCAUCCCCCACCACCCAUCCCCCUACCUUGCAAACAACCUCGGCACCCCUCACUGUUCUCCCACAGCUCUGAGCUAGGACUUUUCUAAGCCAGCUGAAUUCCCCUGUUCAACAACAAGACUCUUACGCAACAACUAGCACCUCCUCUUCCUCACUCCUCCCCCCCAGCAGGCUCCUCAGGCUGGCACAUGGCUAGCUGGUUUCUGGUUUCGCUGUGCAGUUUGGAUGAUGACCGGUGAGCCAGAACCACUGCCAUGUAGAAGCGAGUCAGCCUGAGACAGCGUUGCAGUGGAAAGGCACUGAGGGCUGCUGGGCAGUAGUGCCUUCACAACGUGCUGGGCUGGGUGCAGUAACGACUGUUUGUCCACCAGAUGGAGCCAGAAGGAAAGAUUCAAUGGCGUCAAAUAGAUGGUUGGAACUUUUUUUUUUUUUUUAAAGGGAAAUUCAGCCCUCCAUGAAUCUUGGAUAGCGUCGCUUGAAUGGAGAGAUUUAAUUUUAUACAAGUUUAUUUUGCAUCUUAGUUUAUGCUUUAUGAGUCAUUGGUCAAUGUUAGUCCAUGUUUUUGCCUUCAUAACCUACUGUUGGUUGUACUGUUUGUCUGCUUUCUUAUUUUGAAAUGGUUGAAUGUUUUACUAUGAUGUGCAGAUCCCAAACUGUGAUUUCUGUUUGAGAUGAAAAGCAAGUUAGGUCCCAGUGUCUCCCAGAGAAUCUUACUGCUUCUGUUUUCCGUACUGUAUGUAUUUAUUAGUCAGCUUGCAUAUCUUGGAUAUGGUUGCAAUCACUGCUCAUCUCCAGAAGCCAUAGGUUUGCUAUAGGUAGGUUUGACUACUAGCAGAGGUUCUCUCAGUGACCAAGUACCCGGUACAAGCAUAACUUGAUAAUGAGCCAUCCCCUUACCCUGGACUUACGAAGCCAUUCUGUUUUAUUUAGUUAUAACUGAUUUUACUGUCACAACCGUAGUGUUGUACUGUCUCUUUCUUACUUUGUCUUGUUAUAUUCAGCAUCAAUUAAAGGUGAAAGACAGAAA